AUGUCGCAUUCCGAUCCCGAUGGGCCGCUGGCAAAGCGCCAGAAAGUCUCGACUUUGGCCAAUGCGCCUGAAAAAUCAAGCAAUUCCUCCCGCAUUUUUGCGCCUUUCAGAACUGUUGGAUUGAUCUCCCCGUCCAAUAUCCCAUUCACUUCGGUUCCUAUGGGUAAAACAACUUUUCAAAUCACAACGUCGGUUGGUCGAUCUCUGCAGACGUACGACUUGCUCCGCGGUCUCAAUCUCGUCUUCGUUACCCGACCACAAACGCUCGCCGAUAUCACUGCUACGUUAGCCUGGGGAAAGAAGGUUUUUGCGGCAUGGGGUGGAUCGCAAGAUAGUGAGCCUCAAGGCCUAUGGGUCUUUCAAAGAGGUAGAAAAAUCGCCGAGGUGGCCCUCCCAAGCGACUUGGCGGAGCCAAUUCAGCAAAUCAUCAUCUUUGGAACCUGGUUCAUUGCUUGCGCAAAGACAAGAAUUGAGGUUUUCAAAACAGCGACGCUUGAGCAUUACACCACCAUCCACACCAUGGCUGCUUCCAAAGGUGGCCAUGAGAUCACGGGUGGCGUUGUCACUAUGCCAACCUAUCUGAACAAGAUCUUUGUUGGUCGCAAAGAUGGCUGGGUUGAAAUCUGGAACAUUAGCACCGGAAAGCUGAUAUAUACCCUUCUGCCGCCUUCACCGGAUUCCGGCGCUGUUACCUGCCUCGAGCCAACCCCAGCUCUCUCUAUGCUAGCGAUCGCUUACUCGAAUGGCUCUCUGGUCAUCACCAAUGUUCUGACCGACAAGCGCGCUCUUCAAGUCGAAGCCGGACACGCAGACGCCCCCGUUACCUCAAUAUCCUUCCGAACCGAUGGCCUGGGAGCUGGACACGACGGUAGGAAGGAUGGCGUCAUGGCCACUGCUACCCCGGCUUCAGGCGACAUCACCUUCUGGGAUCUAAACCGCGGAGGUCGUGUGAUGGGAGUCCUGCGCAGCGCUCACAACCCACCAUCAGGCGAGGGUGGCGCUGUUCUUGGCGGUAUCAGCAAAGUCGAGUUCCUGUCUGGACAGGCAGUCAUCGUUUCUAGCGGCCGGGAUAACUCGCUGAAGACCUGGAUCUUCGACGAAACACCCUUUUCCCCUAUCCCAAGAAUCUUGCACUCACGUAGCGGACAUUCUGGACCGGUUAACUGCCUACAGUUCUUACCUUCCGAUUUCGACGGCGCCGAAGCUGGAAAUAAGUGGAUUAUCAGCGGUGGCAAAGAUAGGAGUCUUUGGGGAUGGAGUAUGCGUCGUGAUGGCCAGAGUACCGAGCUCAGCCAAGGCAAUAUUCGUAAGAAGGCAAAGAAGAUUGGGAUACUGGCUACCAACGCACUUGCACAUGGUCCAACAACGACUUUGGAAGACCUUAAAGCUCCCGAAAUUACCUGUAUUGCCACUUCGCUCAACCGCGACGGCGGCAUUGGUGCAUUGCCUGGAAAACAGGAGAUUUGGCAGAAGGGACGAGACCUUAGCAAAAAGAUGGACGCCGAGCUUAGUGGCAUGACGGGCUGGGAAAGUGUUGUUACUGCUCACAAGGGCGACCCUUGUGCCCGUACCUGGUUCUGGGGCCGAAAGAGAGCUGGUCGCUGGGCGCUCCCGACAGGAGACGGCACCGACGUUACCACUGUCGCUAUCAGCCCCUGCGGAACAUUCGCGCUGGUCGGCUCCGGAGCUGGUGGCAUCGACAUGUACAAUCUUCAGUCUGGUGUUCACCGCCAGCGCUUCCCGUCCAAGUUAACGCCAGCACAGGCUCGCCAGCUGAAGAUGCAGCAGCUUCGACAAGCAGAUGAUGUUGUCCAGCUACAGAGCGAAGGCAACCGAAAAUAUCCCGCCGGCGUCGGCAAACAUACCAAGGCCAUUACUGGUCUGAUUGUCGAUUCUAUGAACAAGACUGUGGUAUCUUGUGGCUUGGAUGGCAAAAUCAAGUUUUGGGACUUUUUGACAGGGACCCUCCUUGAGCAGCUGGACUGGGCACCUAUGACAUUCCCGACUGGAUGCCGAUACCAUCCAGCUAACAACCUCUUGGCGUUUUCUUGCGAUGAUUUGUCUAUCCGAGUUGUCGACCUGGAAACGAAAAAGACGAUUCGUGAAUUCUGGGGCCCCAAGGAUGUCAUUAACGACUUUUGCUUUUCCAACGAUGGCCGGUGGAUCAUCGCUGCCUCACGCGAUUCCGUGAUAAGGAUAUGGGAUCUGCCCACCAGCCACCUUAUCGAUGCUAUUAGAUUGGAGAAGCCUUGUAAAGCUGUUGCCAUGUCAUUUACCGGCGAAUAUCUCGCUGCCGCUCUCGAGGAUAGCCCUGGUGUCACAAUAUGGACCAACAAGGCCCUGUACAAGCACGUUCCAACUCGCCAGAUAUCCGAAGCGGAAAUUGGCCUGGUGGCUGCACCUACGACGGCUGGAGAAGGAAACCAAGGCUUGCUGGAAGCCGCCUUUGAAGAAGACAAGGAGGAGGAAGACAGUGGCGUUGUUGCGCCUUCAAUCGAUCAGAUCAGCUCAGAUUUGAUGACGUUGAGUUUGGUUCCCAAGAGUAGAUGGCAGACGCUGCUCCAUCUAGACUUGAUCAAGGAGCGAAACAAGCCGACCGAGGCGCCAAAGCUUCCCGAGAAGGCUCCCUUUUUCCUGCCAUCUACUUCUGGUGCGCAAGUGCCUGGGCUCAAGGACGAUGCUGAGCAGGCAGAGAUCGAUAGCAAGUCCCGUAUCUCGAGAUAUGACCAGGCUCGCUUUGAGGAGGCAUUUACGUCGAAACUGCGUGCUGGUGCCGAAAACAAUAAUUACGACGAAUUCAUCGAGCACCUCAAGUCUCUCUCUCCUUCAAGCGCAGAUCUGGAGCUUCGAUCCCUCUCCCUGGGCGAUGACGACGAGUCAAACGAGCUGCUGUUAUUUAUUCGAGCGCUUACGACUAGGCUGCAAGCACGAAAAGAUUACGAGUUGACGCAGGCGUGGAUGACCGUGUUCCUCCGACUUCACUUUGACUUGGUGAUGGAGAAUAAGGCUCUGCUGAAGGCUCUUGAGGAGUGGAAGGAACAGCAGGAGAAGGAAUGCAAUAGGCUGGAUGAUUUGGUAGGUUACUGCAGCGGCGUGGUCACGUUUUUAAGAAGCCCGCGAACAUGA